UUUUUUUUUCAGGUUGUGACUGCAGAUGUGUAACCAAUUUGUAUUUCUCUCUGAUUUGACUCACCUUUGCAAAUGUCUUAGGCUGCAGUUUCAUUGAGAGUAACUUUUUGGAUAUUAUGCCUUCUCAUUUUUAUGCUUCAUGUGAAGUACCCAAUCUCGUGACCAUUGAAAUAAAUGCUAAAUUACGAGAGUCUCUAACUUUCCUGUGAGGUAGACCUCUGAAAAAUUGCUCCUCCUGUACAUGUUAAAAGAAGUCCCUGCAACUGUAAAUCUCUGUUGUCUAAACUCCAUUCCUCGUGAGCUUUAAGAAACUUACCUUUCUGGACAGAUAUUUUAAUAUUGCCCACUGUGUUGUACUUGUUUAUUGACAUGGUAUGUUCCGCGUCAAUGGAAAGCUUGUGAUACUUUUAUCGCUGUCAUACUUUGUAUGGUUUAGGCCAGAUGUCCCUAGGUUUUAGAGACCCAGUGCCUCAAGGAUAUUUAUUUGCCAUGAAUUCAGAAAUGACUUGCUGUGUUAUUACUCAUCCUCUGGGAUGGAGGUGCAUGCUUUCUCCUCUUCAGAGGUAGCUAUAGGGAUUCCAGUGCUGUUCGUGUAAGUCUAUUUUUUAUCUUUCAAAUGACAUUUGGUUUUGCGUUGUCUUUCCUAGGUUUGCUGGGAUGGGAAACCUGCUCAAAGUCCUUACCAGAGAAAUUGAAAACUAUCCGCAUUUUUUCCUGGAUUUUGAAAAUGCCCAGCCUACAGAAGGAGAGAGAGAAAUCUGGAACCAGAUCAGCGCUGUCCUUCAGGAUUCUGAGAGCAUCCUCGCAGAUCUGCAGGCGUACAAAGGCGCCGGGCCAGAGAUCCGAGAUGCAAUUCAAAAUCCAAAUGAUAUUCAACUUCAAGAAAAAGCUUGGAAUGCAGUGUGUCCUCUAGUUGUAAGGCUAAAGAGAUUUUACGAGUUUUCCAUAAGACUAGAAAAAGCUCUUCAGAGUUUAUUGGAAUCUCUGACCUGCCCACCCUACACACCAACCCAACACCUGGAACGGGAGCAGGCCCUGGCCAAGGAGUUUGCGGAAAUUUUACAUUUUACCCUUCGAUUCGAUGAACUAAAGAUGAGGAACCCGGCUAUUCAGAAUGACUUCAGCUACUACAGAAGAACAAUAAGUCGCAACCGCAUCAACAACAUGCAUCUAGACAUUGAGAACGAAGUCAAUAACGAGAUGGCCAAUCGAAUGUCCCUCUUCUAUGCAGAAGCCACACCAAUGCUGAAAACCCUUAGCAAUGCCACAAUGCACUUUGUCUCCGAAAACAAAACCCUGCCAAUAGAGAACACCACAGACUGCCUCAGUACCAUGACAAGUGUCUGUAAAGUCAUGCUGGAAACUCCGGAGUACAGGAGUAGGUUUACAAGCGAGGAGACGCUGAUGUUCUGCAUGAGGGUUAUGGUGGGAGUCAUCAUCCUCUACGACCACGUCCACCCCGUCGGAGCUUUCUGCAAGACGUCCAAGAUUGACAUGAAAGGCUGCAUAAAGGUGUUGAAGGAACAGGCCCCAGACAGCGUGGAGGGGCUGCUGAAUGCCCUCAGGUUCACUACAAAGCACUUGAAUGAUGAAUCGACUUCCAAACAGAUUCGAGCCAUGCUCCAGUAGAGCUCUGCUCCAAGAAGAGGAUCUAUGUGCUGACCUCAGAAGAUGUAUAUGUUUACAUAAUUUAAUACAGAUUGAUGUUAAUACUUGCGUAUUUACAUAACCGUUUCCUUCUUGUCACUGAAAUAUAUGGACCUUAAUUUGUAUCCUGACUGACUCAACCCAGAAGAGCAUAAAUUGACUUGAGAGCCUUACCUUUGAUGUCUGAAAUGAAACCCCCUUCUCCAAAGGCAAAAUUUGGAGGCUUUGAUCUUUGCUACCGGAGUCCUUUAAUGACACCUGUAACAAUCAGAAAUUCCUAAUAGGUUGUGGUAGUGUUUUAAUUCUAGAUGUGUUAUCUCUCUGGGAAGUAUAGUUUAUAGAAACACAAAGUAUUUGAUUUCCUGUGUCGGCUCAGCUACAAGAAACACAACUGUUAUCCUGACAGAGGGAGAGUGGAAUCCAAGAAAAGAAAAAUGCAUGUGGAGAGGCAAGCCCAAGUGUUUUGAAUUCAGCACAUCCCCUCACUGUCCUCAGACUGCAAACCACAUGUGCAACUUUUCUGUUUGCACGUGUUUUAUUAAUCAGCAUAUUCCCUUUCUGUCUGGAUUUAUACCCUCUAACAUUCCCUUUUAAUUUUGCAAGAGGAAAACCGCCUGUAUUUUCAUCAGUUACUGGGAGAGCAUCAGGAAUAGAUAGGUUACUGUAGCAGCUGGACGGAUGGCGGUGGUUGUCUUGGAGAUGGGGCACAGGUUAGAGGAGGGGCACUCAGGCAACAGGACAGCCAUCUCCCUGCUUUAACCCUCUGCCUACAGGGACAGGGAAAUGGAACUCUGGCUUUGAAAUUAUAGGUAAGUUUGCCAACUGUCCAUGUGCCUGAAGAGCGCUGAGUGCACAGCCCCUCCUACUAGGAGCCCUGUUCUCUGUGGACCAUUCAAUGGGAACAGAGGUCUCGGGCACCUCAUUAGUUACCAGAAAACUGGAGGCAUGUAGAGGGAAAAAGAAUCCAUGAGGUCUGGUUCCCUGAUAUUUAAAAGGCAACUCUUCCCUAACUCUUCUGCUAAAUCAUUGCACUAUAAAAGCUCCGGUCUGAGUACCUGGAUUUAGUCCUGGCCCUACUAAUGAUACAUAGUGUGAUUGUGGGAAAUUUGUGUAAGCUCUCUGAAUCUCAACUUCCUCAUGUAUAGCAUGGGCAAUUAAAACAGACAAUCUGUGUCAACCCAGUAAGACUCAGAGCCAAUAAAAUGACUGACUCUACCCUUCUUCCUUAGUAAGUACGGUCCACUAAACAUCGCCCCGCCUUGUGUUGUUGAUUAACAAUAUUAAAAGAUCUGCAGUAAUUCCGAAUGUAGAUCAGAGCUUAGAAUAGAAUCUUGAAAAUCUUCUAUUCUGACUUCCAGUGGGAAAAUGGGACCAGAGGAUGUGGUCACACAGGAUGGCUCCCAAGGUGCUUCACUCUUAACUCCAUGCUCUUCCUUUUUACCAAGUGGCCUGUGAACACAUGCUAAGGGAUGGGAUUCCAUGCUUGUACAUCAAUCUGCAAUUGGCCUAUAUCAUUAGUUGCCUAUUUUCACUAGAAGGAAAAAGUCACCCAGAUAGUUAGUGAAUGAUAAUCCUGGAAGUUGGAAUGGGGAACACCAGGAUUUGGCAUCAUUUGCAAUGUCCCAGAAAUGAGCUGCAAGAUGCCAUUGUUUUCUAGACUUGAGUGACCAGCUGAAAUUCCCUUGGAUCCUCGAAGAGAAAGGGACAAAUAGUUGUUUUGUUUUGUUUGAACAAAGAAAUGCAGCCAAGUGGCAGGAAAGAUUCCCUAUAUCUAAGCGUCGGUCAACAGAGAAAGGAAAGGCUCUUUUCCUUGGAGAUUUUCAAGCUCAAGAAGUACAGCUGCAUGGGUGGAGGUUCUUGUCAGAACAGAAGUAUGUUAGGUGGCCUUCAGGACGUUUUCACACCUAGGGAUUCUGAUGUCCUAGAGGAAUCCAGAAAAGCUGGCAACACCAGGUGAGCAAAGUUACUAAGUAGUUAGCUUAAGAAAUGUUCUAUUCGGCAGCCCUGUGUUAUGCCGAGCAACAAUUGUCAAGACUAGAAAUAUAGAAGCACACAAUGUUUGUCAUCACUGGUUCCAUAUUCUUCCUUUAGCAGGUGCAGAGAUUAAGGCUAGAAGGGAGGAAGGGCUUGCCAUGCAGCACAGGGCUCGCAGGACUCAAGUCAUGUGUCUAUACCAUAGCUGCCUCUCGGCCGGCUAAGUGAGGAAAUGUUCAGGAUAAUCGGUCAAGUCAUUAAAUAUAUUUAUCUCAGAGUAAAUAGUUAAGCACAGUUAUAAUUUUAAAUUAGACAUUCUAUCCAAUGGGACCAAACAUACAGGAGGGGCUGCUGGCCAGGCCAGCUUGUCUCAAAGCCAAGACUUAGCAGUACGUGGACACUGAAAAGCCCAGGGUGGGAAUUGUUGCUUCUGGUUGUCGAGAGGACAAGUUAACUGAAUGUCUGUGAUCACGAACAGGGGAUGGGCCUUGGGUCCACUCCAGAGCUACUGUGGGAGACAAAUUCUUUUAACAGACUGUCCGCCAGGCAUCAGGAGUCCUUGAACAAUCACGGGUUGUUUUUUCUCGUGCUGCAUGCACACGUGUCCAAGACUUAUGGGUGGUUUAGGGGAAAGUGCUAGCGACAGUGUCAAUGUCAAUGUUAACUAUAUUUCAUAUUUGAGGUCUCAUGGUUUUUAAAUAAACAGUGUUUUCCAUAACUCAGAUAUUUAUUUGGGGGCAAGCAGCAAAGUGAAAAUUAUGUUUCUCAGUUACCUUGCUACUUUGGCAUUAGAACUCUGUUCUCAGAAACCCUUCAUGUGCCACUAGGAAUGAGUAGUA